AUGACCGAGGCCUCCACGCAGCAGGACAUCCGGGCGCUCGUCGCCACCGCCAGAGCCGACUUCGUCGAGUCUUUCGCGUCCAGAGAGCAGUUGCGCGCUCUCAAGCCCACGACGAGCCUGAAGGACUCGGACGCCUCGACCGAGCUCGACAAGCUCUCGCGCAUCAUCAAGGCCCACGCCACGAAGGUCGGCAUCAUCUACCAUCCGGGGAAAUUCCACAAGAACGUAACGCCGGCCUUCAAGGAGCUCCAGCUCUUCUCUAACUCUAUCUUCUUCCUGUUGAGUUUGCUGCCGCUGUUACACACAGACAAGAUUGCGGACUACUUCACUGAUGAAUUAGACUCAGCUGUUCUAGGGCUACUGAGCGGCGUGAAGGGCCUGUGCGACGAGAUCGACUCUUUGCUCGACGGCAAGGCCGCCCCUGCUCCCGGCAACGACGUCCCCGAGACCGCGGAGCACGACCUCAGGCUUGUUUCUGUGGGCAAGAUAUGGGCCUCCUGCGACUCCUUGCAAGAGCUUGCGAAGCUGGGGAAUCUGGGGCUGCUGAACAAGAGGAUUGGCGCCAGUGUCAAGCUCAUCACAGAUAGUCUUUCCGAGCUGGAUGAAUGGCUACAGGACCCGGAGCUUGAGUCGCAGGAUCCAUUUGGACUGGAAUCCGAGCCCGAAUCUGACGCUGAGCGCGACACGAGUGGGGACAAAGAGGUUCUCGCAGAAAUGGUCAAGUUUCUGGAAGCCUGGCAGCAGAAGCUCAAAAUGAUCCGUCUGCUGCUCUCCUCCUUCUCCAAGUCCAUUGCGUCCGAAGAGUAUAAAUCAAAGGAGCCCUUGGCCCUGCAGCUGGCUAAACUCAACACCUUGCACGCUGUUGUCGUAGAGAAAGUCGACGAGCUCAUUUCUACGGUGUUCAUGACCGGUCAGGACUUUGAUCCUGAAGACGAGGAAAUCACAGAGCUGGUAUCACUGCUCAACGACUCGCUUCGCAAGAUGGUGCAAAUAAUAAAGGCCCUCAACAAGGGCGACGAGAAGAAGGGGAAGUGGAUUGAGGUGUGGGAUGCUAAAUACUUUGCAUGA